CAGUUCAGUCUCAGUGCAGCACUUUUGCCCUUUGUUUAUCCGAUGUGAAAAACGGAUCGGAUCCGAUUCCCUUUUGGUCCUUUCUUUUUUAACAACUGGCCGGCAUCUCUUCGGGACUUCCAUCUUUUCGCAGUUUGCAGACAUUGAAUUAUGAAAAUAAGAAGCAGCAUCUGGAACCAUUUCACAAAAGUAGGCGAAAAGGGCAAGUGCAAUUAUUGCAAUGCUCUACUCUCCAUGACCUCUGGCUCGAUGAGCAACCUGAAAAGGCACCUCAAGGCGAAGCACCCGCUCAUUGAUUUGCAACACAUAAAAGAGGAAGUGCAGGUGGCCGUAGAAGAAAUUGUACAGGAAAAGGUAGACGAAAUGAGCGACAGUGGCAAUAUUUCUCCUUUGAAAACAUCAGGUGUGCAUAUGUCGUGCCAAGAAGGCAAGAACCUGAAUGCUUUCCUUAAGAAACCAGACUUUGAACAAAAGCAGGAAAUGAACAAGUUGUGGAUUUCAAAUGGCCGGAAGUUCAUUAAGGGCAAAGACGACUACUCUAUCUAUGGGAAGAACAUUGCGAGCAGGAUGCGAAGAGCGGACAAAUCCCAUCGUGCUGUUGCCAUAGCCAAAAACCACAUAGACAAUGUAAUAUUCAAGCUCGAAAUGGGAGAUUUUGAUGAUCCUGUCCAUUCUAAUGAAAACGUGGACCAUUCUGACAACUACCCGGUCCUGGCUGAAUUUAUAACCGUGCGGACUGAAGUAGCUGAAAAUAAUGUGUCUGAAGAAAAGUAAAUAUUAAGUUUAAAUAAUUUAAAACCAUUUUAAUGACUGCUAAAAUCUUGCUCUUCUCUUUAAAAAAUUAAGGUUACAAUAAUGAUUCUGGUGUUCAUUCGAGUGAUUUUAUAAAAAAUUAAUUACUAACAAAUUUUUUCUUAAAAUUUGUUGACAUUAUAAUACUAUUUCUAUAUUUUCUUUUAAUUUUUUAAGAGAAGAGGAAAGGUUUAAUAUUGGUAUGUAUAUAUUAUGAAUCGAUGUUACAUUAAUAUUGAAAUGUAAAUAAUAAAAACCGAUUGUUCUCAAUAAAAAGUAAUAAUAAAAUUCUGUAAAUUCUUCUAAAAUAAAGAUAUUUUAAAUAAUUUAUUUAGGAACAUUUACCAAUGCCAUUCAAAUAAGGCACAACAAAAUUAAUUUUCUUUUUUAUGUGGAACAAUUGUUUUUUCAUUUUAACAAUUAAUUUAUACAGGUAAUUAAGUGAAAUGGAUCAACUUUUUUUGUAAAUUUAAA